AUGCCCAUCCAGGCUUAUGGCUGGCCCGUGGCCCUCUCGGGUCGCGACUGCAUCGGCAUCGCCAAGACCGGCAGUGGGAAGACUUUAGCCUUCUUGCUUCCUGCCAUGCACAAGAUUCAGAGUUGGCUAGAUGAGGAUCCAGGCGAAGGUGGUGGUCCUUUAGCCUUGGUAGUGGUUCCCACUCGGGAGUUGGCUGCCCAGAUUCACCGCGAGGCUGAGCGGUUCUCACCUUCUGGGCAACGCGCGUGCUGCGUCUAUGGUGGCACCCCAUGGGAACCUCAGGCAGCUUCGCUAGAGGCGGGCGUGGAGCUCCUGGUAGCAACCCCUGGCAGGCUUGCCUUCCUCAUGGCACGCGGCGGCGAAGCGGCGGCACGCGCAGCGCGUGAGAUCGCCGCGUGCGGCUCCCGUAAACAGCUCACCGAAGCUGUCGCUGUCUUCGAGCGCUUCACGGCGACGGGCGGCCGGGCGACACGCCACAUCCUUUCCACCUUGCUGAAUGUGCACGUGCUUUGUGGGGAUUUGCCUGGCGCUUUGGGAGUGUCUCAGAAAAUGCAAGACAGCAACCUGCAGCUGGGAGUUGUGGAGUAUACGACUCUCUUGAAGGGUCACUUGGCCUACGGUGAUCUGGCGGCGGCCUGGCGCCUCCUCGAAGAGAUGGAGGCUGCUCAGCGAGCCCCCGACCUUCGCACAUUGAACACCUUCCUCCGGGGCUGUGUGAAACUUGGCGCUCUGGCUGACGCCGAGGCCGUCUAUGCCAAGGCAUCCCAGUGGCGUUUGGAAGCGGAUGGUGCAACCUACAAGAUCUUGGCACAAGUCUACAGCCAGCGGCUCAAGCUGAAAGCUUUGAUGAAAUUGCUGAAAGAUGGAGAAGGUACUGAGGCUUUGGGGCAGUUGGAGAAUGCGGCUGGGCUCAACGUUUCAAUUGGUCAAGUGGCCUGCCUGCUAGGUCAAAGAAAGGUGGCCUUGAAAGGGAUCACCCGGGCCGAGGAGGCAUUGGCUGCUGCGACCGAGAGCACCGACUUUGACCAUUUGCGGCGUCAGGAGCUACUUCGAGAGGUUCGAAUGAUCAAGAAGGCAAUGAAGGAAGACUUCGACCUCAUGGGUGCUUUUGGCCGUUUGUUCGCCGUGCCACGGCGGUGCACUGACAUCGACACGGCUGGACGUGGUGUUCUACACGGGGAAGUGUUCAAGGCGCUGUGUCAAGGCUUUGGGCUGGAGGAGUGCUUCCUGCGAGGAUUUGGAGAAGAAGAGGACAGCCGAGCUCAGCUGAAGCGCUGCCUGAAGGGCUCCCAGCUGCGCUGGAAGAGGAUCUUUGGCAGCGACGGGCCGGUCAAGCUCGAGGUGUGCUCCGGCACAGGAGACUGGGUGGUGGCGCAGGCCUUAAAAGAUCCAGCGGCCAACUGGGUGGCCAGUGAGUUACGCUAUGACCGUGUUUGGAGCAUCGUGACCAAGUCUGUUUUUGAGAAGUGCUCGAAUUUGGCGGUCCUGGCAGGUGAUGCCGGAUCCUUUCUCAAGAGCAUGAUUCCAGAAGGAAGCCUCAGCACCAUGUGCAUCAACUUUCCCGAGCCCCCGCAAACCACCAGAAAUGCCUCCUGUGACGAUGCUGAGUCCUAUCUCCACCUUUUGACCUCAGAGUUCUUUAUUGAUGCUCAUUCGGCCUUGGUACCGGGGGGCGUGUUGACCAUUUUCUCGGACAAUCAGGAGUACAUGCGCUCAUUGGCCCGAACCAUCGGCCUGCUCCGGGGACCGAGCGACCUGGCGCGCUGCUUUGAGCCCUUGGGCGACGUGCCGGCAGAGCACCUGGAGACCGCGGAAGAGAUGUGUGGCUUGCUCAUAUGCCAAGGGUGUCCGGGUGAGGAAGCUGGCCAUGUGGUUCAGGCCUCCUCUCAGUUCGAUCGCUUUUUCCAGCACGGCCAACAUUUGGACCGCUUCUACCUUGCUGUGUGCAAGGUGCCCAUGGAGUAG